AUGUUAUUCCUAUCUACCUCGAUCUGUUCUUAUCUAUCUAUCUAUCUAUCUAUCUAUCUAUCGGUCUGUAUCUAUCUAUCUAUCUAUCUAUCUAUCUAUCUAUCUAUCUAUAAAAAGAAUCUCGGCCCGGUCGGAUCUGUAUCUUUGCUCAGACAUCAUUCAAAAAUAAAUAAAUACCAUCUAUAUCUAUUUUCUAUCUAUCUAUCUAUCUAUCUAUCGGUCUGUAUCUAUCUAUCUAUCUAUCUAUCAUGCAUGUUUUACAAUCAUUAUGAAAAUAAAGUACUGAUUCUUUUCAUUUGUCUGUAUACAUGUGACCGUAGAGUUUUUUUUCUGAAGUUAUUUAUUACUUUCUAUCUUUUUCACUUUCUUUACACUUUGUAUUCUAAAGCUUCUUUCUUUCUUUCUUUCUUUCUUUCUUUUGUAUUUCUUCGUCCCCUUUUUUAUUCAACGUAUCUAAUAAUUUUUAUUUUUUAUUCGGAUUUUUUUACAGGUUCAUCCGUUCUUUCUUUUUUAUAUUCUUUCUUUCCUUUUUAUUCGACGUAA